AUGCAGCUGGUAUCGGAGCACGCGCUACAGGCGCAGGACUUCAUCAAGAUGCACGCGGAGCUGGAGCAGUGCCUCUCCACCGUCCCCAUCCAAACCCUCCCUGAACCCCUCACCUCCAAGGUCAGUCGCCUGUCUCGCCCACGCCUCAGUCCCUCGCGUAGUAGCUUCUUUUUCUCUUCCCCUCCCUUCCUCAUCUUGCUCUUCCCCCCCUCGCACGGCCAUGCGCCCUUCUCCGAUUCAUUCACGUCCGCCACACACCUGCACCCUCACAUUCCCCCACCCCCUUCAACCCCCCUGCCUUUUCUUCCUCUUUCCACCCCCACACCCUCCCUUUCCCGCUCUCCUCCCUCACCCAUGAUCCCCCAUCCCCUUUUCCCCUUUUUCCCCCCUCCUCCCCCCCACCCUCAGCUCACGGCGAUGCGGCAGCAGCUGCUGAACACGCCCUUCACGGAGUGCGUCACGCCCGCCAUGCGCGCGCAGCUGCAGCUGCUGCUCUCGUCCGCCGCGUCCCCCUCCCCCGCGCUCAAGGACGCGCCCGGCUCCGACGUCCUCGCCUUCCAGCUCGCGGAGGCGCUCGGGCUGGGGCUCUCCGCGGAAGCCGCCAACCCGGGCGCGCUGCGGCGCGAGCAAGAGGCGCUGGCGCUGGAGAAGCGCAAGGCGCAGGAAGGGCGGGACCUGGCGCAGGCGAAGGUGGUGGAGCAGGAGGAGGGGCUGGAUGUUGCGCAUACAAAGGGUUGUGGAGCAGGUGAGAAUGGGAGAGGGGGGACUGGGGAAUGGGCGAGGAGGAGUGGGAGGGGAAGGAGGGUGAGAGGGGAGAUGUAUGGUAUUGUGCUGGUGCUCAUGCGCAUGGAGCGAGAGGUGGCAGCCCGUGCAGUGGCGCACCUCCCUUCAUACCCCCUCUCGCGUCCCUCCUUCUCCCCCCCAUGCACCCCACACCAGAUAGUGCUGGUGCUGAUGCGCAUGGAGCGGGAGGUGGCAGCCCGCAGAGAGAAGCAGAAGCGCGCCGCUGAAGCUGCAGCAGGCAGCACUGGUGCUGCUGCUCCUGCUGCCUCAACUGCACCCGCCCCCUCCUCCAUCUUCGCCCCUCAGCCCAGCCGGUCCCACGCACCAGCAGCAGCACCAGGGAUUAAUCUGCUGGCAGAGAGCUUGACAGAGCUGAGUGUGGGGGGGAGUGACAGACAAGCAGACGCAGCAGCAGCAGCAGCAACUUUGCAGCAGCAGCAGCAACAGGGGGCAGGGGCAGGGGCAGGGGCAGGAGCAGUGGCAGGGGUGGUGAGACAUGAGGAGGGGCAGGAGGCAGCAAAGAAGGUGGUUGAGCCGAUCAAGGUGGUUCUGCCAGGUGAUAGCGCUGCUGGUGCUGGUGCUGGUGGCGCUGCUGGUGCUGGUGCACGGCGUGACAAGAGCCCACAGCCAGGAGUGGCGACAGGGGAGCAGGGCGUAGCACAGCAGAUCAUCCGCACACUCCGUCUCGGCACCGUGGACGAAAAAGCCCAGGCAGCCGGGCUUGUAGGGUGGCACACCAAAUUCUCCGCCACCAACCGAGCCAUGUUCCGCUCCGCAGGGGUCAUCGACGCUCUCCUCCCCCUCGCCGCCGCCUCCUCUCCCCAGGAGGCGAAAGCAGCCGACGCGGCGGUCCGAGCCCUGGUGAAUCUGCUGGCAGAUGAGGAUGUGAAGGUGGAGUUGAUUGGGCACCUGCCGCUGCUGGUCCAGGCGCUGAAACGCGCGCAGCUGCCUGCGACGCGCGCCGGCAUGGCGCGGAUUUUUAAAGCGAUUGCCACGAUAUCGGAUGAGGCGUGUAAGGUCGUGGUGGAUGCCGGCGCGGUGCCGCACUUAGCUAAGUUUGUCGAUCCGAGCGCCGCUGCCGCGCCGGCCAACCCAGCCCCUACGGGCGGCGCGGCAGUGGCUGCGGCUGCUGCCGCAGAGGAAGCUUCCAAGCAAUGCGCGGCGGAAACCCUAGCGAUCCUCGCGCAAGUCCCCUCGAAGCGGAGCCGAAUGGUAGCAGACGGGGCAGUGGGGCCUCUCUCCCUCCUCGUGCUCUCCACCCCGCCAAACGAAACCCUAAUUGCGGCGGUGACGGCACUCGCAGGGCUGGCGAGCGUGCAUGAGGGGAGGGAGGGCAUGGCGGCGGUGCUGCCGACGCUGGUGAAUCUGCUGAGGGUGGAGGAUGAGGGGGUGAUGGCGCCGACUCUUGAUGCGCUGCUGCUGCUGGCCAAGCACAGCGCGGGGUACCGCAGUGGCAUCCGGAAUAACGGCGGCAUGCGGCACCUGAGGAAUGUGCUGCGCGUGGGGCCCUCGCCUCUCCACAACAAGGGCAUGGAGCUGCUAGCGGCUCUCUUCUCAUAG